UACACAAUCCUAAUUGCACAUUGGUUUAUAAAACAUUUUGUUGCAAGGCUUGUGUUACAGCUGUAUAACACACAGCGAGUAUUGAGCCACUGUUUUGACACGAAAAGCUGUUUGCACAUUGUUUGACCAUCAGGAGCAAUACAAGUGUGUGUCGUGCAAGCACCUCCCUCUUGUUCCGUUACGACUGCAGCUUGUUUGAAUAGACCGUGCGUCGUGGUGGUUCUGCCGGGAGCUUGCUCAUUAAAUCUCUGUGGCUAAAUCUCUGUGGCAAAAUCCCCAACCCUGCUCCACAUCACCACUGUGCUUAACAAUCAUCCUUCCUCCUUCUUUCUCCCCUCAUCCCCUCCAUGUGUGGGCGAGAGCGGUAGCCAGUGUUAACCAGUAAGCGGAUGCUUCCGAUAGGUUCUGUGCUUUGUUUCCGCUGCUGUGGAGGACAGAAGGGACUCAGCGAGUCUACCCCAAUCUCCACUCCAGUCGCCUCCUUGACAUUUUCACUGCCAUUAUAUGUCUCUAGUCCACAGAUGGUCAUGCAAGGUUUGAAGAGCCAAUUCGCUACCUAAUGAAGUUCUUAGGUCACCCAAGUAAUGUACAGCCGACGAAGCACACGGAUAGUAACUAGAAUGCAUCCAAUAUCCGACGAGAACAAUGUAUGUUAUUCUCCUAAUCAAUGGGAAUAGCGAACAUAGGAAACAGACAAAAAACAUGUUUUGAGGUUUUCAAUGCAACUAUGUGAUUAGACGUUCUCAGUGGUUCUUUCUCUAAGCGCUGUGUGAACCGAUGGCACCGAUGGCAGAGAAUAAUGUCGACCAAUAACAUCUCCCAGGCCAGGAAGCUGGUGGAGCAGCUCCGCAUCGACGCGGGGAUCGAACGCACCAAGGUAUCUAAGGCAGCAGCAGAGAUGAUGAACUACUGCGAGAUGCACGCACACAGAGAUCCUCUGCUAGUGGGAUUGCCCACCUCUGGAAACCCCUUCAAGGACCAGAAGCCCUGCAUCAUCCUAUAGCUCCGCCCCCACCCCAUCCCUGGCCUGUCAACCUUUGACCUCAAGACACUGUCAGAUGCUCCGUGAAACCCUGACCUCAGAGACUUUGAAGGAUAGAGAGGUGAUGCUAUGUACAAUACAUAUACAGUACAUAUAUAGUCAUGAUUGUGAGCUGAAUAGGUGAAAAUCAAAUUAAUGUGAAUCAUUGGUGCAACAGAUGGUAUGGCAGAAAAAGCGUUGUUGGGACGCAUUGGAAAACAGGAAUGUUACCGGAUGAUACUGCAAGAGGAGCGGUGAAACACAUAAUUGGCAGAUACAAAUGAAGGAAAGCACAAGGCUUUGUGUUCCUCCAAACACAUUUUCUGUCAUUCAGGAUGUAACAUUGUCUGGCUAGAGAGAAAACCCAGCUAGCACAUUUGGUUCCAUUAAAGUUUUGUUGACGCUGAGAACAGAAUGUAUGUUUUAAAAUAACAUUCUUAAAUGUUACUAAUGUUUUCUUGUUGUUUUUAUGGAAAUUUUUCUUGAUGUUCUGAGAACAUGGCUUUAAAUAGAAUCAUGAGGACACCUGCAGAAAGCCGUUUCUUAACUUUCUUUGAACAAUUUAAGAACAUUACUUUAAAUCAGGGUUCCCCAACUGGCAGCCCAAGGCCCAAAUUUGGCCCGUGGGUGGUUUUAUUUGGCCCCCCAAGUACAUGUAUAUUCUAAAUCUAAUUUUUUUUUCCUGAAUCAGAAGUCAUUAUGUUAACUAUCCGUCCUAAUGCCAAUAUGAAUGUAACAGUGUUUGUUUUUUCAUAAUUUGCCCUGCCUUCCCUCUUUUUUGGGGGGUACAAAUAACAACACCCUAUUUGGCAGAUGUAUUUUCCUCAAAACGCUUUCUUCCCCAAUGUUUCCAAUGAUCAUUGUGUCUAAUCCUUAAAGGCCUCCGUAAAGCCUUUGGUCCUUUAUCUGGGAAUUAAUGCAUCUUCUUGCCAAUGUUAAUGCCAUUUACUGUACAAUUAUUCUUCCAGAUCAUCAAUCAUUAGGUUUGGUUAUUAAUGGUGACAAUUCUGUUCAUCUUGUUUUAUUAUUAUUAUUAUUCGCUUUGGUGCAAAAAUGUUUUGGACCAAGGAAAACACAAAACCAUACAUUCACUUUUUCAAACUUAAUCAGUGUUUCAUCAAGAAAUGCAUGUUUCACGUUGCAGUACAUGUUCAUAUAAAGUUAUUGCCUUUCACAGUGCAA